AUGAGUUCAAGUCGAAAUUUUUGGAGCAGAUCACUGGGUCUCCUACUUUUACUGACCACCUCAACACACGCAAUCACCACGACAGUCGAUCUCGGUGCCGCUGGUGACUACGCCGUUCUCGCCGAAUCCGCUAUAACAAAUGUUCCCAGCUCUUAUAUCGUUGGGAAUGUUGGGCUCAGCCCGGCUGCAUCUUCUGGUAUAACUGGAUUCGAUCUGGUUCUUGACAGUAGCGGACAGUUCUCAACCUCAUCUCAGGUCUCUGGCCAGGUCAGGGCAGCUGAUUACGCAUCACCCACACCAGGAGGGUUGACUACAGCUGUCAAUGAUAUGUUAACAGCAUAUAAUUCUGCGGCUGGACGGCCUGCGGACUUUACCAACGAGGGUGCCGGGGAGAUUGGCGGUCGAAGUUUGCAACCUGGGGUGCAUAAAUUCACGACGGGCGUGACAGUUUCUUCGGAUGUCAUUUUGUCGGGAAGCUGUAGUGACGUAUUCGUGUUCCAGAUCCCUGGCACCUUUGCUCAAAUGGCCAACACCGGAAUUGUACUGGUCGGAGGUGUCAGACCGUCUCAGGUUUUCUGGCAGGUCGCUGGGACACUGACUAUCGGCUCAGGUGCUGUUGGUGCAUCCUUUCAGGGCAUAGCCCUCGGUGCAACCCAAAUUACCCUCACUACUGGAUCCACUGUCACCGGACGUAUACUCGGGCAGACCGCUGUAGCUAUUCAAGACAGCAAUAUAAUGCAGCCAGACGAUAGCUCUGCGUGCGGAGCCAGUACUGUCACUGUCACUGCGUCCAAUACUGCUCCCGCUUCGACGGUUACCGUCACCAGCACUCAACCCGGCGUUGUGACAACCAUAGCUACUACCAUAGCUGGUACACCGACUACAGUUGUUUCCACCUUGCCACCCGUCACAGUCACCACGAUCUCGACUGCACCAGGCGCCACGAUCACUGGCCCCACAGAAGUUGUGACCUUGACGGUGACUCAGCCAGGAGCCGCAGUGACCGUGACAUCAACGUUACCCGGGAGUGUCACGACAAUUGCAACAACCAUACAAGGCACACCCACAACAAUCGUCUCCACAGCUCCGCCUAUCACCAUCACAGCCACGACGGUAGCCCCAGGCGUCGUCACAACUUCCAUUGUGACUGUGUCCGGGGGUAUUCAGACAGUAACACUGCCGGGACAAGUGGUCACCGUGACAUCGGUUGUGCCUCCCACCGUCACCACUAUAACAGAGACUCAAGCAGGUACGGAAACUGUGAUCACUUCGACCAUCCCUGCCAGCACCAUCACGCAGGUCAGUACAGUCCCAGGAGCCACUCAAAUUGUCACUGUACCCGGCCAAGUCAUUACUAGCGUAUUGACCACAAUGGUACCCACAACACUCACCGCAACCGUCACUACUGUCUUAUCUGGUGGUACCACAGUACAAACGGAGAUCGUGACACAAACCGUAACUGCAGGACCGACCGGUGUAGUCACUACGACUAUUCUCCAGCCGACCGUCACCACUGUUAUAUCCACUCUCAUACCGUCAGCCAUUACUACUGUAGUUACAGAAACGGUUCCUACGGUCAUUGUACGACCGACCACCAUAACAGUCGGGGAUAAUACCAUAACUUCAUCAGUAACAGAAACAAGGCAGGUGACUCAAGUCAUAACGUCUACAUUCACGCAAAGCGCUGGUGUCACGACUCUCACCCUCCCUACCACUGCCACCUUCAUUGACACGAUCACCCAGACCGGCACGCCCGCUGUUAUAACGUCAACGAUCUUGAGCACCAUUAUCGGGGGAGGAAGCACCAUCGUUACGCAGGUUCCUGUGACCACAACUGUGCCCUCAGUAACGACCAUUGUCGUUACAGCCACCGGGUCGGUAGCUAGCGUGGGCAAUGGCUCAGGCAAUGGAUCGGGCAAUGGUAACGGAGAAGGAACAGGUGGCGGGAAUACCAGCAGUGGUAUCUCAGCCAGCACAUCGGGCGGAGGCGGGGGAACUACUCAAACUGGGUCACACACCACGAUAUACGCUACCGUCACUGUGACUGCUCCCGCGAUCACUCUUUAUACGUGCAGUUCCGCAUAUUCCAAAUCUUCGUCAACACCUUCGAUCUCGGCUACAUAUGAAACCACUACAUCGUCUAACACACCGACGACAACCAUGAAUGCGGCCGACAGGGCUUCAUCGUCAAGCUCAGAGUCCGCGCGUCUUUGUACCGCGUCGGCUUCCUCAUCUGCAUUGGCUAAGUGUAUGGUCACCGCCAUGGCAAACGUUCAAUUUGUUUGCGCUGUCCCCACGGGCUCGGGCAGGCUGACAGCUGUGGCAUCGCCCUCUACCAGUGUGGCGCCGUCAAAUGGCACAGUCGCCGUAACGAGCAGCGGUUCAUCUCUUGUUUCUUCUCUUUCUCUAUGGAUCUCAGGCGUUCUCGCGGGUCUCUGCGUUGUAGCUGUAUUGGCUUGA